AAAUGUAUGCCUCAAUACAAGGAAGAUAUGUAGAGCACAUUGAGCAACACAAUCUGCCAAUGCAUAUUCUGGACAAAAACUUUGGACAUCCUAGCAGGCCAGAUGAUGACCACGAGGAACAGUGGAACAAGCGGGAAAGUUCUGCUGGUCACACCAAGUCCAAGUCCAAGUACUUCAAUCCACCAAAAACACUACCCAACCCCAAGAGCCCACCUGCCACAAAGCUGAAGAAAAGAAAAGUGGACCAACAGGAAAAAGAUGCACAGGGAAAUUUGACCUGGCUGUGGAAAAAAAAGGACACCGAGGUGGUCGUGGCAGUGCUCCCCUCACAGAUGAAAGGACGCAUCUUACUUAUCCGCCACUGUGAGCUAUGCUCACUUCGACCCCACCAGUGGUUGACAGGGGAGGUAAUUGAAGGCGUGUUUCAUGUUGCUGCCGACAAAUUCGGCGUUGUGAACAAAAUGUACUUGCUAAAUCACUACACAGCAGGUGUCAUUUUGUUCGGGGACAGAACUCAGCUAACAUCUCACAGUUUACCAAAGGUAAACUUUGACAACUAUGAAGCUGUCCUGUCCUUUGUACUUGUCAACAACAACCACUGGAAGUUGCUGUACAUUCAUGCCAAAACCAGCACCGUAUUCCUGGUGGAUCCAGCUCAAAGCAUCAAAGAGCUUGAUGACUCCAAACAUGCUGCCAAAAGAAUACAGUAA